UAAUGAACCAUUAAAGAAUUGCCUUCGGGCGGACGGUAUAUCGAUAAAUAAUCGAUUUAUCCAAUUUUCGAGAACAUAUAAUCGAACAUUCUAGCGCAAUAUGCAUUCAGUGUAGAUAGCAUUAUUAUUGUUAUAAUAAAAUAAUUGUUAUAAUAAAUAGUAAUAAUAUAGCAACAAUAGAACAAUUUCUUCUCACGAGACAGCGCUACGAUCGACUGGUCUUCCCGCCAUUGGAGUAAUUAGGUUAUGUUUACAUGUAAUGCAUGUUUAAUUGUCUGUUAGAUAAUAGAAUAGAACAGAAAAAAGAUGCCGACGUGGAAUCAAAUUCAAACACAACUCCGAAAUCCAAAUAAUCCGGUGGUAUUCUUCGAUGUUUCGGUGGGAAACACAGAAAUUGGUCGAAUGAUAUUCGAGCUGUUCGAGGACGUCUGCCCAAAGACAUCAGAAAACUUCCGACAAUUCUGCACUGGUGAAUACAGAAAGGAUGGAGUUCCAUUGGGAUUCAAAGGUGCUAUUUUCCAUCGAGUUAUCAAAGAUUUUAUGAUACAAGGCGGUGAUUUUGUCAAUGGAGAUGGCACUGGGGUCCUCAGCAUAUACGGUGGGAGCACAUUUCCUGAUGAAAAUUUCACCCUCAAACACGAUUCACCGGGAUUAUUGUCCAUGGCCAACAGUGGAAAAGACACUAAUGGAUGUCAGUUCUUCAUAACUUGUGCAAAAUGCAAUUUUUUAGACGGUAAACAUGUUGUAUUUGGACGUGUUAUUGAUGGCCUCUUGGUUAUGAGAAAAGUUGAAAAUGUACCCACUGGGCCCAAUAAUAAACCUAAAAUACCAGUCACUAUAUCUCAAUGUGGUCAAAUGUAAAAAGACCAUUGAUUUUUUACUUUUAUCGAUUGGAAAUUAUUCAAUAAAUAGCCUCUUCAUACUCA